GAGGAAACGGGUUCAGCGUCACAGAGUCCACACGCAGCAUGCUAACGGGCUAGCGCACCUAGCUUGAUCGAGCUAGCGAGUGAGGGAGACGGUGCAGAGACGCUACAGCGUUUGUUUUGAAAGAGCUUCCGGGAAGUCAUCUGCUCAUCACGGCUGCCUUGACGCGAGCUGCCCGGACCAUCCCCCAUCUGGCGGCUCCUUUCAGAGCAUUCACCGGCGGGGAGAGGACGGAGGCUGAGGCUGCGGAUGAAGACAAUGAUAACAUCUUAAACAACACACGCAGGAGCUGGAUUACAUCUUCACACCGUGCAUGAGGAGCGUCACUCUGCUGCAGACCGCCACAGCCUGAAGCCUUCCUGCCAAAUCCGGGACCAUGUCUGGAGUGUUCGAGGAGCCCGGCAGCCAGGAGGAGACCACAGACAGCUUCUGGGAGGUUGGAAACUACAAACGCACAGUGAAGCGGAUCGACGAUGGUCACCGGCUCUGCAACGACGUGAUGAGCUGCAUCCAGGAGCGGGCCAAGAUCGAGAAGGCCUACGCUCAGCAGCUGACCGACUGGUCCAAGAGAUGGAGACAGCUGGUGGACAAAGGACCUCAGUACGGCACGGUCGAGCGCGCCUGGAUGGCGGUGAUGACGGAGGCCGAGAAGGUGAGCGAGCUCCACCAGGACGUGAAGAACCAGCUGAUCAACGAGGACUUCGAGAAGGUGAAGAACUGGCAGAAAGACUCGUACCACAAGCAGAUGAUGGGAGGAUUCAAGGAAACCAAAGAGGCAGACGAGGGCUUCAAGAAGGCUCAGAAACCGUGGGCCAAGAAGCUGAAAGAGCUGGAGGCUUCCAAGAAGACGUACCACAUGGCCUGUAAAGAGGAGAAGCUGGCGUCCACCAGAGAGGCCAACAGCAAGGGCGAGGCCUCGGUCACAGCCGACCAGCAGAAGAAACUCCAAGAGAAACUGGACAAGUGCAAACAGGAUUCACAGAAGGCGAAGGAGAAGUAUGAGAAGUCUCUGGACGAGCUGGGUAAGAGCACCCCUCAGUACAUGGAGAACAUGGAGCAGGUGUUCAACCAGUGUCAGCAGUUUGAGGAGAAGAGGCUGAGCUUCCUCCGAGAGGUGCUGCUGGACGUCAAACGCCACCUCAACCUCACAGAGAACCAAAGUUAUGCUACAGUUUACAGAGACCUUGAACGCACCAUCACGUCAGCCAGCGCGGAGGACGAUCUGAAGCUGUUCAGCAACAUCCACGGCCCCGAGAUGCACAUGAACUGGCCCCAGUUUGAGGAAUACAACCCGGAGCUUUCCCACAGCAUCUCGAAGAAGGAGAAGUCAAAGAAAGGCAGCGAUGGCAUCAUGCUGACCAACGUCUCAUCAUCAGUGGACCAAGUUCAGGCUGGAGACAGUGGAAGUGUCAGCAGCUACGAGAAGAACCAGGCGUUAAUGGCGUCCACCGAGUGGUCGGACGAGGACCAGACGGCACCGGACUCGGGCAACGACACCAACGGGGCCGUGAACCCCUUCGAGGAGGACGCGGUGGCGGGCGUGAGAGUGAAGGCGCUCUACGACUACGACGGACAGGAGCAGGACGAGCUCAGCUUCAGAGCAGGCGACGAGCUGAUCAAGCUGGAGGAUGAGGACGAGCAGGGCUGGUGUAAAGGACGUCUGGAGACCGGCAAGCUGGGUCUCUACCCGGCCAAUUACGUGGAGCCGAUUUAACCCGCUCCAGCUGAGGACGCUUGUCUCGUCGGAGGGGACAAACCCAGACUGAACCGUCCGGUCGUGAACGCACAUUGCCAGAGAGACUUUUCAUAGCAAAGCUUCCCCGUGCUCUCGGGGCUCAGUCGCCAUCGCAGCGCUCAUCACAGACGAGCCUGAAACCCAACCCCCCACAGACUCCGCAACCCAAGCAAAAACACCCGAGUUUCUUUUUGUGUGUCGCUCUGUUUGAUUUCGGCUGUGAUGCUAACAUGCCAUACAGUUCGUCCUCUCAUCUUAUCGAUAUGGUAUCGUCACUGGUGCCUGGACAGCGGGAAUGAGCCAUGCAUUGAUCAUUUCAUGUAUAUAUUCUAAUCUCUCUUUUUUUUUUUUUUUUACAGUCUGGAUACUUGUACAGUUUUUCUGCCUUUGUGAAAUAUCUACAUGUUUAGCUUCAUGGGAAUAGUUUGACAACUUGCGGGGGGGGGGAUGUGCUAAUUAACUGUUUAAGACGAGAUGAUUGACGCCACUCUCGUGAUAAAUAUACAUCAAAUCAGUUUCCGUAGAACAGUGUCCUUACUUUGAACAUGUGCGUUUCAUUUUCCAUAAUUUAUUCUUGCCACUCAUCUGUGCUAUAGUCUGAUAUUGUAUGUGGUGUCUGUCCCUGCUUUUAUUUAUACAUGAAAUAUAAAUGAAUUUAAUUUGCUGCCCAUCUUGACCAGGAGUCCCCGGAGGAAGAUGUAUACAUCUCUCAAUUAGACCUGAUUAAAUAAGGGCAUCACGGUCAUGGAGGUUGUUGGUUUGGCUGGAGUCUUGCUGCAGAGUCUUGGAGUUUGGAUGUUCAUAUGUCUGGAACUCAUCUCAAACUGGUUAAUUGUAGUCUCUAGAUUGACAUAAUAUCUGUUUGUUGGCCCUGUGAUGGCCUGACGCCCCGUCCCUUAAAGGAUAAAGCCUUGUAGAUGAUGGACUUACAAAAACUUCUGAAAUCGUCCAGUAGAUCGUGUCCGCUGGCAGCUACAACACAGUGGGAGGGGCUCCAAUGUUAUCCAAUGGGGCAACUAUGACAGUUCACUAAAACUCCACAGAAACUCAUCAAUAAAUUGCUCAAAAAGUUAUUAGCUUAGCUUAAAGAUGGGAACGGGGAAAACAAGAAAUCAAAUCCUCUCAUCGAGUUCAAAUGUCGGCAUAUGAGCGUAAAUAAGCAUAAUUCAGAAAAAUGUUGCUCUAUAACUUUAGUAGUUUUUUGCUUCAUUCCAAAGCGUAUCACUGAAAUUGGAAAAAAGAGAUAACACACAUUUCCCCCUCAGUUAAAAAUACAAAACAACCUCUGUGCAGUUUCUCUUUCUCAGCAGAACUUCUCUUUGAAAUGGAAAUAGCUUCUUCACCACACUUCUGCGAGGAUUGUUUACAUUAGCUCCGCUCCCACUCGUCUACGACAACGUGGCUGUUCAGACUUUUCUCUUUCAUCGACUCGCUCCUCCGGCUUUGUUCAUACGUGAGUUAAUAAUUUAGACGACCACAAAACCUGCCUGGAAGCUCACACUCGCUCACGGCUGUAUUUGUACGAAGCCUCAUCUCUGAACAAAAGUGUAAUUAGUCUUUUCUUUCGUCUUCCGACUGAGACUUGAUUAUUGUGAGUGAAUGCUACUGACUGUGUAUUAUCGGCUUCCAGCUCUUAUCUGUGAUUAUGUGCAUGCUGAUGCUCCCCAACACUGUUAACCGCUCUGAUCUGAACCGAUCCAGUGCAUGGCCUCCAUUUGUUUCUACUAAGUUAUUCACAGAUUAUUGAUUUCAUUAAAAUUGUCAUCGGGAUAAUAAUGACGAUGAUUAAAAUGAUGGCAUUGACUUGAAUUAUGUUCUAAAAUACUGGCUGUAUUACACUGGAAAGAGAAAAUUGUUGAAUCAAUAAUAAAAAAUAACACUGUCA